AAAUCAUUCAUAGAUAUGUGAGUCGGCGGAGUAUGCAAGGUCCUAGACGGUUGGCAUGCAACGAGGGAAUAGUUCUCAUAAAAGGAUGACCUCAAGCCGGGAAUGAAUCAAAAAGGACUCAUUCAUUGUUGUAAUGAGACCUUCGUGAUUUGGAAGCAUCAAUCAACAGCUCUCACUGAAGGAGGACCUCGAGCUCGGAAUGAAUCAGAAAGGAUUCAUUCAUCGUUGUCGUGAGACCUUCGUGCCUUGGAAGCAUCAAUCAACACGAAAGUUUCAUCAGUUCUAUGGACUUCAUCAGGUUUUCGUGCCGUUUGAAGUAUACAAGGCUUCACCUCACAACUGGGUUGAAUGUCGAUGAUAUUCAAGGACGCAGUACGGCGUUGGACAGCUUAGUGCAUGAUGGCAACCACAAAUUCCCUGCAUCAAGUGGUCGACAGGCCUGGUGCGAACGUGGAACCUCGUGCAUGCUUAUCAGAUCUGAAGUCAACAUAUCUAGAAAAUGAUAAUUUGGCAUUUUAUCAGUCAAACACUUACGAAGCUUCUUCAAAUAGUGCACGCCGAAACAAUGGCCUACGUCCACGCGUCAGAAGAAAGUUAUCGCGUUACUCGCCUGAAAGUAUACGAAGCGAGGGAAAAAAGGAUCAUACUGUAGUUGGGGGUAAGUCCUCGAGUUCAGAGUCCGCAACACUUGGAAGUGCUCCAGAUAAUGAUCACGAUGUAAAACUUCCUCAAGAUCCGGAGGACACAGAGGUGAUUCAGUUCGUAGGAGGCUCUGGAACACAAGGAUACCAGAGACGAGACUCGGGACGACUUGGAGGCCGCCUGAAAGCAAAUAAUCUGAGUAACCUAGCAGCCAAAGUUCAGACCAAGUUAAGUCACGGAAGUUACUGCAAUCUUAUUGAGCUCGCAACUGAGAUUCAUCUUGAAGCAAAGGAAAAGCACAACACUACAAUGCGAAGAAUUUACGAUGUUGUAAAUGUAACUGAAGCUGUUGGAUGUGUAGAAAGGUAUGUGAUAUCAAGAUGUGGAAAAAAGCUAAAACAGGGUUCAAAGGGAUCCCAAGUAUCUGGUUCUUUGAUCAGAUGGUGCAACUCGCCGUCGAACGAUUGUGGAAAUGCCAAAGCUGUGGCGGAAAGACUCAGAAAUAACCUCAAUGAGAAAGAAGAAGAGUUGAAAAGUCUUGCAGAAGAGGUGGAACUUUUGGAGAGUCUGAUGAGACAUAGACAAGAGAAAGGUAUUUCUGCUGAGGGUUCUCCCAAAUCAAUAAAAGACUCUCAAACUAGUGGAAGUCUGGAAGAUUCUGAACACUUUUCUAAUCAACCCCCUGCUUCGAAGCCACACGGAAUAUCGGUGCCUUUCUACAUCCUUAAGACUAGUAAAGAAAGUGAUGACACAAAUUUUGAAAUCUGUACAUAUACAGAUAAAUUCGGGAAAGAAUAUCAAGUUGCGUUAUCAUCUGAUCACCAAUUUCAACAAAUUCAGUGGAACUGGGUCGUGAAGGAAGUGUUAAGCAGUUCCGACAGUGACUUUUCAAGUAAUUGUUAAUAUGUGCUUCUUGGCGAUGAGGGAUUCACAUCAUUGAGAGUUUCAUUCACCAACAGAUGAAAAUAAGAGGCUCUAUCUUAGUUUUUUAGCACAUAUUUUUUAAGCUCCUUCACUUCUAGUUGAACAUUUUUUGUGAUAAAUGCAUAGCAAAAGGGAUUGUGAAGACCCCAUCAAUCCAAACAUAGAUGAAGCCAUUGGUCUAUGCAUGUUUAGACCAUGAUAACAUCACAAUGAAAAUACAAAUACGCAUAAAAUAUCCAAAUUGUUUGGGAUAUGAGAUACUAUAGAUUCUGGUUACGCGUCUAGUAAUCUCAAAGUACUUUCAAUACUUGUUUGAAAUAAACAGAAUUCCUCGAUCAAUGACUACGGAUUGUGGAGUCAGAAUGUCCGUAUAAGAGCAAUCAUAUCAUAUGAUUUAUAUGUGAUCCAUUAUCAUGCUCUCAACAUCUAGAGGGAGACAAGAUAGAGAA